AUGUCAGGAAAAAGUGGUAAAUCAAUUAAGGGGCCAGCUCAGAAGCAACAAGCAGCAAAGAAGACUGCUGGAAAGUCUCCAGCAGAUGGUGGUAAGAGAAAGAGACGUAAGAGAACAGAAUCUUUUGCUCUUUACAUCUACAAGGUUUUAAAGCAAGUUCACCCAGAGACUGGUAUUAGUAAGAAGAGUAUGAGUAUCAUGAACUCUUUUAUAAACGAUGUUUUUGACCGUCUCUCAGCUGAAGCUGUCAAGUUGGUUCAGUAUAACAAGAAGAGAACUUUAUCUAGCAGAGAGGUUCAAACUUCAGUUAGACUAAUGCUUCCAGGUGAGCUCUCAAAGCAUGCAGUCUCUGAAGGAACUAAGGCUGUAACCAAGUACACUUCUGCUUCUGCUUAA